AUGUGCUUGUUUUUUUGUCUCUUAACUGUGUUCAUAUUCAUCUACGAGCGUUUUCAAGAGAUAGACUUGGAAUUUUUGUUGUNUCACCGCCAGAAACUGCAUAAUACAAGGCAAAAAAUUCUGCAGUUAGUUAAGGAAACUUCUACUAAGCUCAAAACCCUCAGCGAAUACGAUCGGGAUACUGACGUUAAUCCAAGUAAGAAAAUUGAAGAUGCUAAGCUUGCAAGAGAUUUUCAAGCCGUCUUGCAAGAAUUUCAGAAAGUCCAACAGCUUGCCUCUGAACGAGAGUCUACUUACUCCCCUUCUGUUCCUCAAUCAACACAAAUAACAAUAGACAGCUCUGGCUCAGGCGAAUAUGUUGCGUCUGAGAACCAGCCGUUUCUUAUGGAACAAAAGAAGCAGGAGAUACUUCUGCUGGAUAAUGAAAUUGCCUUCAAUGAGGCCAUAAUUGAAGAAAGGGAACAGGGUCUUAGAGAUAUAGAAGUGCAGAUUGGAGAAGCAAAUGAAAUAUUCAAAGACCUUGCCGUUCUAGUACAUGAGCAGGGUGUGGUUAUCGAUGACAUUCACUCAAACAUUGAAUCUUCCGGUGAUGCAACAAGUCAUGCGAAAGUUCAGCUAGCCAAGGCUUCCAAAAAUAUGAAAUCCAGAUCAUCAUGGUGUUGGUGGGUGCUGGCAAUUGUUGUAGUGGCGCUGAUAAUCUUUCUCCUGGUGCUGAUCCUAUAGUGGAAGUGUGCAAGUUAUUAGUGUGGGUUUUUUGGUUUGGAUAAAGCUUUUGGUGCUGGGUAUUCUUUGAUUUAUCACUUAGAGAGAGAUAAUUAUUUAGAUUUAUUAACUAGGUCUACAGUUUUGCUCUUCGUCCUGUGUUUGAAUUUGAUGUUGUGUGUAAUCAAUCUGGUUAGCAUAU